GAGUAAUUACUGUGUUUUUUAUUUUCCAGGACAGCACUAGAAUCAGGCAAAAGGACAAAAAAAAUUAGCCCAAAAAAGUCUUGAAAUGCUAUCUUGAUAUUUUUGGUUUCAAAUCCCAGAAGUUCUAUUUUUCGGAAAAAAAAAAAAAGAAAGAAAGAAAAAAGAGCACACCCUUUAGUUUUAUUUUUCUUGAAUAUUAAAUUCGAGUUAAUUUUGAACAAAAAUGGUAUGCAGAGCUGUGCAUUUUUGGAAUUUGAGAGAUUUAGUGGGCUCUUUUCUUGAUCUUGCUAUAGCUUACUUCUUACUGUGUGCAGCAACUAUUGCUUAUUUGGCAACAAAAAUUAUGAGGUUUUUUGGAUUAUCCUUACCAUGCCCUUGUAAUGGGCUGUUUUUCACCACCACCAACAAAAAUCACUGCUUGAAAAGGGUUUUAGUUGAUUACCCUACCGAAUCAAUUUCCAGUAUUCAACUCUCUGUUAAGCGAAAAUUCCCUUUCCAUGAGUACUCAUGGAGUAAGAAUAAUUGUACUAGCAAUGUUAAUGAUAAUGCUUUGAAUAGUUCAGUAUCAGGUGCUAGGAGGUUAGGGAAUGUAGUUAGGAGGGACUUGAAUGCAAGGAGUGAAAAGUAUGAUGUGAAGGGAAGGGGGGUUCUGAGUUAUAGGCCAAGAAGUGGAAUGUACCAGAGUCGAAAAGGGGGUAUUGUCCGUGGAAAUUAUUCACCGGUUUCUUUGUAUGAUACUUCUCUGUAUGGAGGAGUUCAGGGUGGUUUUCUGCAGUCUCCUGGCAUUAGAAGGGGAGGGAAUGAAAUUAUUGGAUGUAGCUCGGUUCCGACUGAUAGCUCACUAGAUACUCUUCACUUUGAAUAUAAUGAGAAGGCUCUGGCAAUGACGGGAGUAUGGCAAAAUGCUCUUGACGAUGUUGAAAUGAAUAGAUUAUCUGACGAGGAUAUGUUCAUGAAGAAAAGACUAUCAUCUAUUGAAGGGGAGCUACUUGGUAAGGCAAGGGGGGAUCUUGGUUUCAGUGUUGAUGAGAAAAUUUCAAUUGAACUUUUGGAAGAAGUUGUUAAAGAAGAGCAUGCUGCGCGUGCUGCUCUUUACCUUGAGCUUGAAAAGGAGAGAAGUGCUGCUGCCACUGCUGCAGAUGAGGCUAUGGCUAUGAUUCUUCGACUGCAGGAGGAGAAGGCUUCCUUAGAAAUGGAAGCUAGGAAAAAUCAGAGAAUUAUAGAAGAAAAUGCUGCUUAUGAUGCUGAAGAAAUAAGCAUUUUAAAAGAAAUACUGGUGAGAAGAGAGAGGGAGAAGCACUUUCUGGAAAAUGAAGUUGAGGCAUAUAGGCAGCUGAUUUGUCCUGAAAAUGAGCAGUUAGCUGGUGAUAGAGGGGAUAAAAUUCAGUAGAAGACAAAUUUUCCAUUUUUCACUUGAUCUAGAUGACCUUGUUCUCAUAUUACACCAACGUACCUCUACUGACACGAAUGUAAUGUUAGAGGAUAGAUGUCCGGAUGAGGUUGAAUCUGUCGAUGAUCAGAACUUGUGCACUUGAUUUUGGGAUGAAAAUUUCCAAUUCAAUGCUGAGAUGAAAAUUUCCAAUUCAGGUGCUAUAGAAUUGUCAGUAUGCAAUAUAGUGAUGGCAAUCUUGAGCUACAGUAAAAGGAGAUGAUAUCUAUAGAUAAUAACUUAUACGCGCUGCCAUGAUACCCACACGAACUAAACUUUACUGAGAAAAUCUGGAAAGUGACGACAUCUACCUAGGACAGAAAUUUGCGGCAAGGGAUAUUUUUAACUAGUAAUAUAACAGUCAGGCAGGCUAUGUAUAUUAUGCACCUAGUUCAAAGCUGCAUGAAAAAUAUGCACAUCAUGAACUCAAUGAUUCGUGUAAUCUUGUUUUAGAAAAAAAGACUUGUGUUUAUGGAGCUCAUGCGAUGUCUAACGAUCUAAUGUAAGAAAAAGUGAACAGCUUUCAGUCAUUGAUAGAUUAAUGAGAGAAAUUCUGUUUCAUGUUGGAAUUUA